CAAACGAUGAGCAAACAGCAGCAGAAGAAGCGGAGCAGGCAGAAGAAGACAAGGAAGAAGGGUGGUGGGGGUGGUGGGGGUGGUUUGGUUGGCGUGGCUGCUGCGGUGGUGGUGCUGGGGUUGGCAUGGCUGCUGGUGUGGCCGUCAUGGUGGCCCUUUUCGGGCAACAGCAGCGCCAGCGUUCCUGUAGAUUGUGAGCAGGCGCUGCAGGACAUGGCUGGAGCUGUUGCUUUCAAGGACAGCAAGCCGUUUCGGGCACUGAACCUGGCAAACGCGGUCCUGUCUGGCCCAGGGCCUGCGGCAUGCAGCCUCCAGCACAGCGAGGAGCGGUUUCUGCUAUUCUCUCGCGCAGCGGACGUGUACUCGCACAUGAAAAUGUACCCGCAUGCCAUCAAGCUGCGCCUCAAGGGCCUGCAGGCCCUGGACCACUUGCAGCAACAGCAGAAGCAGCCGCAGAAGCACGCCGACGACCCUGUGGUCAACACGGCCCUGGAGCGCGUUGCGCAGGCGGCAGCGUUGGCCACGGACAUGUACCUGAACUUUGAGUAUGACGAUGCGCUUGGCGUCUUGGAAAGCACCCUGCAGCAGUAUCCCCAACAACAACAGCAGCAACAGCAGCAGCAGCAGCAAGACGUGAGCGUGCUGCCGUCGGAGGCGAGGGCAGUGCUGCUGCAGCUGCAGUCCACGAUCUACGAGUGCAAAGGUGAUCUGCCGACAAGCCUGAUGCUAUUCGAGGAGGCGCUGAAGCAGCCAGGUGUGCGACCGACGCUGCGCGUCAUGCAGCAACACUACGACCUUCUGCAGCGAACGGCGGACCUGCCAAACAUGCCGACAAGUGUUCGUGACGCCAUGCUGUCGCGCCUCCGCUCGCUGGGCCAACUCCUCACCGGCCACGGCCCAUGGGCCAGCGUCCAGCAGCUGCCGCGAACGUUCAUUCCAGAACUGGUGUCGGAGCCACAACAGCCAUCGUCGUCGUCGUCGUCGUCGUCGUCGUCAUCUUCGAUAGCGACGGCGCCAUGGCAUGACCCCUCCGAGCACCGUGGCGUUCAGCGGGCGGCGCAGCUGCUGCGCGAGCAUACGGACGCGCUCAAGCGGGAGUUUGAAGGCAUCAAGGAGCGUGGCCUGCUUCUGCCGGAACGGGAGUGCAUCCACGACGCAACCAUCCCCAGUGGCACGUGGAUGCGGUAUGAGUCGACGGCAUACUGGCGCCCGCACGCCUCUGGUAGCAAUUGCAGCCGCGACACGCCCGUUGCCUGCAGGCUCCUGAACACGUUGCGCAAUGAGACGGGGCUGCAUGUGCUCCGCGUUGGGUACAGCGCACUUGGACCCCGUGCCGUGCUCAAGCCACACUACGGCAUGACCAACGGCCAACUGAAGCUGCACCUCGGGCUGGACGUGCCAACACGUGAAGAGGGUGGUGGUGAGGACGGUGACGGUGGUGAAGCAAGGGGCGUGGAUGGUGUGGGCAGUGGUGGUGGUGAGGGGAAGGAAGGCACGGUGCCCUGUGCGUUUCUCAAGGUUGGCGACGAGGUGCGGUCGUGGGCGACGGGGCAGGUGCUGUUCUUUGACGACAGCUUCCUGCACAGCGUGAACAACACGUGCACACGGGAGCGGACCGUGUUCCAGGUCGUGUUCGCUCACCCGGACGCAGUGGCGCUCGCGCAGGCCCGGCGUAGUGCAAGCAACGGUGUGGGCGACGACAGUGGUGAGCAUGUGAGGGAAGCGGGAUUGGAUGAAACGUUGCGCAGCCUGCUGUUUGGCAGCAUCGGCGACGACGGUGGCGACAGCGGAGCUUGGGCUGCCAUACCAGACCACUAAGCCCUGUAUGUUUGUUUGUUUGUUGGGUAGGUGGUGGCGUUUCGGGCGUUUGCGGG